CUGACGAAGAACAACCAAAAAAAGUUUGCGGAAAAGUGCAACUAUUAACAUAAUUAAUUGCAGUGCAAUCAAUUGCAAUGCUUAUAGGAGAACAUAAAAAACAUAAAAUGCGAUGCUGCGUAUGACGACAGCCUUUUCAGAUAGCUACGCGAUCAGCAAACACCUCCAGCAGGCAUUUUUAUUCUUUCGCUGUGCUCCACUCCACUCUUCUCGUCUUCUUCCUCUUUCCCUCCUCGUUUCGUGAACACAGAAACAAAAGCAACAACAAAAGGCGAUAUUUUGUGUGGCAAAACUGGGUGCGUCGUCAUACGGAAACGGACUUAUCGAUGAAUACAUUUUUAACAACUUUAAAUUGCUUCCACCCACCAUGGCAAACAAUACCAACAGUGGCAUUAACUCAGAUUUUCGACUAUCUGGAGCCCGAGGACAGACGGUCGGCAGCAAGUGUUUGCUACGCCUGGAGACAGUGCCUCUUUCAAAAACGAUACUUUAGAAACUUUCGCUUUCAAAUCGAUGUGGCGCGCGAUGAUCAGUUAACCUUCUUCCACCGCAGUAUGGCCCAUCUGGUCAGAGAGCUGGUGAUUGUCUUUGACUUUCACAAUGCAUUUCAGAUUCAGAAAAUGCGACGACUUCUUUACAAAGUGGCUCGUUGUGAGAACAUCCAAGCGCUGCGUUUCCAAACCCACAAUGUAGGUCUUGUUGUCGUUGGAAACAUGAACAGCGAUCACUUUGUGGCCAUAGAACAAUGCUUUGUGGAACCUUUAAAGUUGUUUCUUAAUCGCAAAAGUAAGCCCUGUCAUCUGCUGGAUCUAGGUGCCAUUGAAGCUCUUACCUACUACGGUCAGGACUUGCUUAGGUCCUGUGGCAAACCACAGGAGCUGGAGCAGCUGACACUGGCCAGCCUUAAAUACGAUCCUAGUCACUAUCCAAUACUCUCGCUGGACAUAACGCUUCUGCAGAAGUGCGCUAACCUUCAGGUGCUGUCGUUGGACUACGAUACGCUCACUGAUGACCUGCUGCACACCAUCCAGGUGCUGCCACUCCGAAAAUUUAUCAUCGUAGUCCAUGGCCUGGACAGCGAGGAGCAGGCCAGUGUGUCGGAGUAUGCCUGGGCCAACUUUGCCAGGCAUUUUACAAACAUUGAUCUAGUGCUGACGUUGGUGUACGCCUACGAGGCCAUUGAGCUGCUGCAGACUCGUGUCCUGCGUCGCCACAUGCCAGUGACCCAUGUGCGGCUACUCUUCUGUGAGUUCAUGAAUUCUGAGGCCCUGGACUGGAUGUCGCUGAACAAUAAGGACACGCUGCGGAGCAUUUACUAUAUGGACUCAGCGUAUAAGCAUAACAAUCGCUUGGACUACGCCCGUCACAACUUUAUGCGCCAGGACCCCUUCGUAAUGAUGGCCUGGCGUUGCAUGCAUCUGGAGGAAAUUGUAGUCCAUGGCUAUCUGAUGGAUCCGCACAAUCUGGUGGGCAUUGCCCGUUUGCGAGGUCGCAAGCUGAAGCGUUUGGAGGUUUCCAUGAUUGACUGGUCCAUGGCUCCGCUGAAUGCCUAUAAAGAGGAAAUCUGCUCCCUCCUGGGACAACAGUGGGCACCCAUCAGAAUAGAUAAACUUCCUCCAUCGCUGUCCUAUGGACCCGUGGACUAUGAAGUACGCGAUCAAUUCGUAUACGAGAUGUUGCGCCAGGAUCUCGGCUAGUAAGUGGGUGGAUGCAGCGGAAACCUCAAGUAAAAAUAACCAAAAAUUAAAGCAAAGUCAUAAAGUAAAUGCAAGAAACAACCGACCGACAUAACCCGUGAUCAUCUCGAGAGCGUAGAAACUAUCUUAAACAUUAUGAAACUUCUAAUUACGUAGAUAAAACAAAAAACCUAAAGAUGACAAACGCGAAGACUAAACUGAUUCCGCAUAUAGAUGCGAUGCGUAUAUCCUAUGUUAUGAAAAAUGUGAAAACGUAAACUGAAAAUUGAUUGGAUUGGCAAGCAUUUUAUAGAAGUUAAAAAUUUAAGUUUAAAAUUUGUAUAAUCAAGUUUUGUUUGCCAGAAAGCGAGAGCUGGGAGCUAGAGAAUGUUAGGAGCAAAGACUUGAGCACGCCACAAAUCAAUGUAAUUUAUGUAAAGCAGAUGGGCAGAAUGUGUUUGUUAAAAACUGCUAGAAAAACAUCAUUUUAUAAGCAACAAGAACUGUGAUUCAAAGAAAAAGCAAAAAAAAUGCGAAUGCGAAUGCGAAUACGAAUACGAACACGACAAAGAGCGAGCGAGCAAAAGCUAGCGCGAGCCAGUGUGAGCAUCAGACGACACCACAACACAACAAACUCCAAGCAAUUGUUAAGCGAAUUGAUUGUCUAGUUAGCUAAGUUUAAAGAUGUAAAGAAGGAAAUACGAAAGUGUUGCAAACCGAACUGUUUGUAAAACCAACCCAAAAGUACGACCAAUGUCAAAUUGUUUGCUCAAAACGCAAUUGGCACAAAUUGUUAACCUCUGUAAUAAUGUGAAUAUGUAAAUGUGAACACGGCGCUCAAUUGUGAUAAACUGGAUGACAAAGAACACGACACGACAAAGGCAACCACAAAUGUAACAACAACGAGAGUACGAUCCUCGUUCGCUAAGCGCCGCCAUUUGUCUAGUUUAAAGUGAUAUUAUGACAGCAAAAAAAAGGACAGAAAAAUUGUAAACGAAUGCAAUAUACACACACACACACACAGACAGACACACACACUCACAGAGAAAAACUCACGUAUAUAUAGUAUAUAUAAAUAUUGUAAUAGCCAAAUAUCUAAAGGCUAAACGAUGCUGCCGUGUGUUGUUCAUGCGUGUUCACGGCCGGAGGCAAAAGCAAUAGCAAUAUGGCAAUGGCAAUGGCAAUGGCAAUGGCAGUGGCAAUAGAAUUGGCAAAUGUAAAACCCAAAACCAACUUUUAAGUAUUUUGUAGCACAGGCAUUAAUUUAUACAACUAUAUGUACUACUAUAUUUUACCUAUGUUUGCACAAAACAGCAGCGUAUUGUCCAAAGCUCAAGGCGAUAGAUGCUGCUGCUGCUCCCUAUGUUGCUCACCGAACAACAAGUACAACCACAACGACAACAACAAUGGUACCUGAAGAUCAUGUUGAGCAUUUAGAGAAAAACAACAAGAACAACAGACACAAGCACUUGCUCAAAUUUAACAAUCUAAACAAAACAAAAUCUAUUGAAACAGAAGACUGAACGACAAAAUGUGCGUUGGCUAUGUUUGUUGGAGCAACGCAACGCAACGCAGGGGAGAGACAGCACCACAGCAGCGAGUUCUUGGACAUGCCGAAAAAAAUCAAAUGCGAUCUCAAAGACAACUCUUACAAACUAUCCAAUCGACCAUCUAUAUUGUAUGUAUGUAUCUGUAUCUGUAAACCUAUGCAUGUAAUCGUUUUUGUUAUGGAUUGCAAUAGCGAAUAUUAAUUUGUAAAUCGAGGUGUAAAUCACAGGGAAGGGAAAACCAAGCAAUCUAUGCAUGUAUGUAUGCUAAACAACAACUGUAGUUAAUUUAAGUCUAGUACCAACACCGCAAAAACCAAGCGACAACCAACACCAACAAAAACAACAACCAAAUGUGAUAAAAGUGUCAUGCUGCUUCCGAAAAGAACUAACAUCCAGAGUGCCAUCCAGCACACAAUUGAAUGUAGUUAACCGAACCGAGCCGAAUCGAAUCGAACCGAAUGAGCGGACCAGUUGGUGAAUGAUCGAGCCACUCAAUCUCUCAGUCUUUAUUGCCGGUCAGUCAUUCGGUCGGUCGUUCGGCCGUUCGGUCGGUGCGUCAAUCAAUGGAUUUAUUCAGUUACAAUCAACGUAAAGUAUGAAGAGUAUUAUAAUUUUGUGUUACACUAGAGUCACUUCCAACAACGCUGCUGUACGAGUACGAGUACAUGCUGUGCGUAACGUAACGUUCUUUUUGUAUACUUACUGCAACAACAAAAAUAUAUAUAUAUAUAUUUUAUAUGCCAUUUAUUGUAUUUAAAUUUUAAUUCGAGAGGAGAGAAGAAAACCAAUUUUUGUAAAUCAUUCCACAAAUGUAAAUCAUUGUACACCACAAAGAAAAUGCAAUUUAUAUGUUAGCCAGCAGCAACAAAAAUGCAGCAAACAACAAACAACAAUUGCAGUAACAUCAAUGUCUAAGAUAAGUGUUGACAGCAGAAUGAAAGAGAAAGCGAGAGAAAAACACCAACGAGAAGAAAGCGCAAGCAUGUUAUAUAUGUAUAUGAAAUGAGUAUAUAAGACGUAGCCCCCCGAUGUGAACUUAUAUACAGAAGGAGCAUGAAAACACCACUUACACUUACGAUGCUGAGGGAGUGGGUGUUCCAGGGGGGUGGAAUGAUAUAAGAAAAGAAAGACGAUUAAAAAACAGCCGUGCAUUAACAACAAGAUUUAUAAAUGUACAUAUAUGCAAGUUAUGCUUAAAAGUUAUGAGAGCAAAAGUGAAGAAAGCUGUGAUAAAAACAAGAAGGCAAACAAGAAGAACACACAAACACUAAAAACAACAACAACUAUUUCAACAACAACAACAACAACAGACAAAAACAAGAACAAUUAUAACAACAACAACAAAAGAACAAGAAAAAGCCAAUGCGAAACAAGUGCGACCAACAAAAGAAUGUUAACAACUUUUCCAAACAAAAUAAAAACAAAAAGAGAGUUAAGAACAACAAGAGAACGACGAUGAAGAUAAUGAUGUUGAUAAGAAGGACCGUUAGGAAUGAGGCCCGAUGAUAUAAUAUUUAGCAGAUCGACACCGAUCGAGUAGUACGAUAGUUAGGCUUAGCAGGAAGACGAUUGUAAAGCAGAGGCAGCCAGCGUGCAGAGUAAAACGAAUUCGUUUAAUUAUAUUAAAUCUGUUUUAUCCAGAGAAAUGGAAACCAAUGUUAAAUUACAUUAAAAUGUAGCGAAUACUCACACAAAAACCAACAAAAAUAUGCACAUAGAUUGGCUUUAAAUAAACGGGUAAAAACAUUUUAUUUCGAAACUGAUUUGCCAUGUAUGAUUUCUGAAAAAGAUUUUAUUAAAGCUUAAAGAACAAAAA